GAAGAAGAGGCCACAAUGCAGUUCUGGAAGCUCUUCAUUACUGCAUUAAUGCCAGUUCUUAAGGUGCUCCUGAUUACUGCUUUAGGAGCAUUUCUUGCUCUUGAUCGAUUUAAUGUGCUAAGGGACACUGCCAGGAAGCACUUGAAUACAUUGGUAUAUUAUGUGUUCACUCCGGCUCUUGUUUGCAGCAUCCUCACUAAGACAAUAACAUUUAAGAAUCUCGUUAUGCUGUGGUUCAUGCCAUUGAAUAUUCUUCUAACAUUCAUAGUUGGGGCAGCAUUGGGAUGGUUAUUUAUGAAAAUAACCAAAGCUCCUAAUCACAUGUAUGGCCUUGUCUUGGGGUGCUGUGCUGCAGGAAAUCUAGGAAAUUUGCCUCUUAUCAUAAUGCCAACAGUUUGCAAAGGAAGCAACAGUCCUUUUGGAGCUGUGGAUCUUUGCUACAAGAAAGGGAUGGGAUAUGCUUCUCUAUCCAUGGCUAUAGGAAACAUCUACAUUUGGACUUUUGUGUACAACAUCGUUCGUUUAUAUUCAUCCAACAAGACUUUGGAUAAUAAUUCCACAUUAGAAAAAGAUUCCGUGAAGAAUUCCACAGAGGAUUUAUCAGAGACUGUUGAUGAUCAUGAAAAUCAACUUCAAAUUGAAACAACAUUUCCUCAUGAAAGAGCAAAGUUACCAAAACUUGCAAAGAUAGUUAAGACUUUGGUAGAAAAGCUGAAUCUGAAGGUCCUAUUAGCACCUGCAACAGUUGGAUCGAUUGUUGGUCUAGUGAUGGGUGGAAUCACUCCAUUUCGGAAGUUGUUUGUCGGUGAUGAUGCUCCACUACGUGUUCUUGAAGACUCUACAUCCAUGGUGGGGGAUGCGGCCAUUCCAGCAGUCACUUUGUUGGUCGGAGCAAAUCUACUUAAGGGGUUAAAAGGGUCAGGAAUGAAGGUUCCACUUUUGUUAGGGAUACUUGUGGUUAGAUACAUAGCGUUACCAAUGUUAGGUGUGUGCAUUGUGAAAGGUGCAAUUCAUUUUGGGUUGAUAAACCAUGAUCCAUUAUACCAAUUUAUGUUGUUGCUUCAGUACGCUCUUCCCCCUGCCAUAAGCAUAAGUACAAUUACUCAAUUAUUUGGAGCUGGUGAAACAGAAUGCUCAAUAAUCAUGCUAGCAACUUAUGCCUGUGCUGCAGUUUCUCUUACACUUUGGUCCACAUUUUUUAUGUGGCUUGUCCUAUGAUGAUGGGAUAUUUUUAUAACAAUAAUAAUUAGUUACAGUCAGAUGUAUUAUGAUUUAUGAA